AUGACGUCAGCCGUGACUAAUGGCGAGCCACGUCAGGCUGACGUGGACGAGUUCAGAGAGAGCCUUUCGCGAGCAUCGCGUGUGGCGGUGCUGACAGGGUCGGGUGUGUCUGCAGCAUCAGGCGUGCCUACCUUCAGAGGGGCGGGUGGGCUCUGGCGCACCUAUGAUGCCACGGUGGGUGCCAUGCCACGGUGGGUGCCAUGCCACGCUCAUCUUCUCAUCCUCAUUGCUGCCUUGCUCAUCCCUGUAGCCAGCACUAGGGUUCAUCAGGCCAAUGGAGGCAGUCAGUGGGUCAGGUUGCUGCACUGCACUCUCUCAUCCUCCCAUCUCACCUUGUUCCAUCCCCUCGCCUUUCCUCCUCCCUUCUCCUGUGUCAACCCCCCCCCUCCCCCCCCACACUCACUGCAGCCAGCAGCGGGGUAUGCUCGGGUGGUGCGGGCGGCAGGGGGGCGGGUGGCGGAGUUCAACGCGGAAGCCACGGCGCUCUCCCCUCUCGCCACCUGGAAGUUCCCUGGAGACUCUGCCAUGCUUCUGCCGCUCGUGCUGGGGUGA